UACCGAAGUUUUAAGGAAACCGGCGGCAGUUAACUGCCGAAGAAAACCUCGGUAGUUAACUGCCGAGGAAAUCUGAACAUAACCAGAACGCAGAAACUCAGUUUUCUUCAUUCUUCAAACUUCUUCCAAACCAUCCAACUUCUCCAACUUCUCCAAAUUCGUUUUUUCAGCAAAAUCAAGUGCAUCAUCUUCAUUUAAACACAAAUAUGGCCGAUCAGGACCCCAUUGAUCCAUCGAAGAUGAUUGGUGGUAGGCGUGCCAUGACUCAGAGCCACCGUAGGGAGAGGCAGGGCGGCCACAUCCCAAAGAGGGGUAGAGGUCGAAGAGGAGAUGGCUCAGGAAGCUCUCAGGCUACACAGCCUGAGGAGUCACAGGUUGUUGACCCGCCACAGCCUGUUGACCAGACUGGGGUGGAGUACCUGAACUAUCAGAAUCAGGUACAGCAUGAUGUGACGGAUGGUGGAUAUGACCAGGAUCAUAUACCACAGCAGCAGGAUGCAGGAGACGAGGAUGACAUUGCAGCAGCUGCUGCACCGGAGGUGUUACCUACGGACCCUCCAUUUCCUGGUGGACCGGAGGACCUGUCAUUGCUCCACUCUUAUGCCGAUCAUGUGGCUUUGCCACUCUGGUAUAAUUCAAAUAAUGUUCGUAAGACCCGCGUGCUUAAACCGAUUAAUCAUGGGGCCAAGAUUCUCACUCUCGGACGCCCUAACGCGAAUGAGAAUUGGUUUUGGGAUGCGCUUCAGCAGAGCGGGCUACAUGAUUUGGUUUACUUGGGGUACUCCACCGUGCCUCAUGCCCUGCUGCUGACUUUAUGCGAGAGGUGGCAUCCGGAGACCAGCACCUUCCACAUGCCGAUGGGGGAGAUGACUGUGACAUUGGAUGAUGUCGCAUGUCUGACGCAUCUUCCUAUUGAGGGGCGGAUGUUGGCUCAUGGGAAGAAGAUGCCCAGGCAUGAGGGAGCGGCACUGCUGAUGACGUAUCUGGGUGUGUCCCAGAAUGAGGCUGAGAAGAUCUGCAACCAGGAGUACGGCGGGUACAUUAGCUACCCGAGGCUGAGGGACUUCUAUACCUCGUACCUUGGUAGGGCCAACGUAUUGGCGGGUACGGAGGAUCCUGAGGAGCUUGAGGAGCUGGCGAGAGUCAGGACAUACUGCGUCCGGUGUUACCUUCUGUACUUGGUCGGAUGCUUGUUGUUUGGCGAUAGAAGCAACAAGCGCAUCGAGCUGAUAUAUUUGACGACCAUGGCGGACGGCUACGCAGGGAUGCGUAAUUAUUUCUAGGGAGCUAUGACCCUCGCCUACCUAUACGGCGAGUUGGCGGAUGCAUGUAGGCCUGGACACAGAGCGCUUGGGGGGAGCGUGACACUGCUCACUGCAUGGUUUUUGGCGCAUUUUCCAGGGUUUUUUAGUGUUGAUCUCAACACUGACUACCUGGAAAACUAUCCGGUUGCAGCGAGGUGGAAGCACCAGAAGGGUCAUGGGGAGGGAAUCACGUAUCGGUCACUGC